AUGCCCGCUGCCACCCGUGCCGUUCUGCGGCAAUCGCAGUUCCUGACCCGGAGAACCGUCGUCAGACACUCCUCGUCCACCUCCGAGGCCGCCAACAAGGCCAGCCAGACUGCCUCUUCGGCUGCCUCCAAGGCUUCCGAGGGUCUGUCCAAGGCCUCCGCUGCCGCUGGCCCGGCCAUCUCCAACGCUGCCACUGCCCUCCGCAAGGUCGGCGGCCCUGUCGGCAAGGUCGUCUCUUUCGUCGACUCCAUGAUCCCCCCGACUCUCUACUACUCCAAGGUCGGCCUUGAACUCGGCAAGCUGGUGUUCCGUGGCCAGAACAUGACUCCUCCUUCCAUGGCCACUUUCCAGUCCUACUUCCAGCCCCUGAUCAACGCCUCCAAGAACCCCGCCGCCCUCAAGAGCAUCAACCUCCCCUCGCCCCAGAACUGGUUGGCUCGCGUCCGCAACGCCAGCCCCAAGGAGCUCGCCCUCGCCGGUGUCACCGCCGCCGAAGUCAUCGGCUUCUUCACCGUCGGCGAGAUGAUCGGUCGCAUGAACAUUGUCGGCUACCGGGGCGAGCCUGCACACGGACACUAA